AUGAUUGAGUCAACAGGAGACUACCUGGGUUCUCAAGCCUACUCCCACGUCACUGGUGGAAGCGAAGGAAUCAAUCGCAACACUGGCUCUGUGGAGUUCUCUCAAGUUCUUCUCGAUCUUCGUGGUGUCCUUGGAACCAUUGGCCUGACAAUCAGUCUCCGAUACAGCUAUGGGGUGUCUGGACGGUUUGGGUUACCGAGGAACUGGAGUUUCAACAUACCCCAUAUCAUCGAUGGCCAGAGCUUUACUUCUCAAGGCAAAACAUUCCUCAUCGACAAUGACUGGGCUGACACCACAGGAUAUCAAUCAGGUCUCAAAUAUGUCAAUAAUCAUGGCAUGUCAUUCAUGGCCCAGAUUCCUAGUGAGAAGCUACCCUCUGGCAAAGACGGUGAGUAUACAUGGCGGUUCAGGCAGACGGAUGGGUCCGUACAGUACUUCGACGCAGCUGGUAAUAUUCUUGAGCACGAUGAUGUCUUCGGCAAUUUCAUCUACUACAGCUAUGUCAACAACACUUCAUUCCUUGAGUAUAUUCAAGACUCGUUCGGGCAGAAGAUAACCUUCAACUACCAAGCUGGUGAGAGUAUCACGAUAACCGCCCCCGACGGCGGUCUCUCAAUCAUUGAGAUUGCGAAUGAGAACGUUGCUCGAAGCACAGAUCCAGCCGGCCUGAUCACAGCUUUCGGGUAUACGAAUACGCCAAGUCAGGGGCUUCUCUCGAGGAUAGAAUAUCCAAGCUGCUUGGUAUCGGAGUUCACUUACGGAAGGAUAUCAUACCUCACUGCCGAUGGUGGCACGGAUUUUGUCCCAGUAGUGACGAACCAUUACCAUCGAGACUCGGCUGGGACCGAGCUAACACAGACAACCUAUCAAUUUGGAAGUGGAACCAACGGGGGAACUUUCACCGGGUACAAUCUAGGCAUUCGAUUCGGAAGUCAGCAGGACGCAUUGAUUGAGAGUGAUUCCUACCGAUAUCGAUACGACACGUUGGUCCAGAAUGUGGAUUCAUCUGGCAGGAUCUUAUCGGCCACUCAGAUAUUUUUCAAUCAACUACAUCUUCCAGCAGAAGAAUACCACUACUCAGUGCCCCAUGGCGCGGAACUCGUACAUUCAUACAAAACAACGUAUACAUACGAUAUCGAUCCGGACGUCCAUGCACGGAAUAUCAACUACGCAAGUCCGACACAGACGCAACAAUUCAAUUUCGAUGGCAAUAGCUAUGUUGCGUUGCGAUCUGAGACAUGUGCGUAUGACGAGUAUGGAUGCUUGCUUUCACAUGUCGAAUCAGCCUUCGAUGUUACGACUGGACGAGAAAUCAAACAAAAGACAUCGUCGAAGACGUAUGUUCAAGUCUCUUGGGGAGGCCAGAUGAUUCAGUCUGAGCUAUUGAUCGAUGAGGUAUCUGGCUCACAGCGUCUUCUAACGUACACUCUUACGGAAGACGAGAAGCAAGUCCGGUCUACUGUGAUUGAAUUCAAGGCUUUGUCAGAACCCAACUUUUUGCCUUGGAAAACAAAGACUCAAGAAUUCGACAAGUGCGGUCGUGCUCUUAACGAGAAGAUAUCAUGGUCUCAGGGUGUGCCAUUUCCAGCCGGAACAAUUGUCAACUAUGAUAUGUCCCUCACGUACGAAUUCGAUCUUGGCACAGGUCUCUAUACUGUCAUCAUCACGGACCCGCAAGGCAACGCAUCGAAACAAACGUACGAUAUGAGGAUCAGGUCUGGUCCCCUUGUCCAAAAGACACUGCCACUGGGCCAAAGUGAGAAUUUCACCUACGACAUGAUCGGUCGCGCUUCCACCUAUACGGAUCCAUCGAACUGUUCUUCGAGCAUGACCUACAUUGUCGGGUCUGGUGGCAAUUCUGCCUCCACUACCGCUUCUUCUGGGUACAAGAGUCAGCAGAUCUUUGAUGUCCUUGGGCGACAGAUACAGCUACUAGAUAAUGGUGGCUCUGCUCAGAUUUCGAAUAAAACAAACAUCCGUACCCUCUCCACAACGGCAUGGGAUCCUCUAUCUCGCAAACAAUCCGAGACUGAUACAAUUGGUUCAAAAGUGACAUUCGAUGCGUAUGAUGCAUUCAAUCGCCUUCUCAGUACCACUGAUGCGAUUGGCAAUGUAACAACACAUUCUUACGAUGACCAUAAUCUUACUUCUGAGUAUGCCAUGAAUGGCGAUCGCCGAGGUCUCACUCAGUUUGACGCUUAUGGCAGAGCGAUUCGGAUCGAACAAUUUCCGGACUCGGACGAUUUGACGACGACAUACAGUCUGGUAACAACACAUAUGUAUGACGGUCUGGGUAACAUUUGCACAUCCGUUCUCACCAAGCAGCCCAACGAGAGUUCAUCUCCAUCGAUUACUCUGCAGACCACCUCCGUAGCCUUUGAUGUAGAGAAUGCGAUCAUUGAGAAGACCGUCGUGACCAAAUCAGAUCUUGGUGAUCAUACAUACGAUACCGUCACACGAUGCCUACAGUACGACAUCUUCGGACAGAUAUAUCGCCAGAACAAGACUGUCACGUAUAGCGACGGUCGGGUCUUUAAUCAUGAGGGUUGCAUCAGUCGCUACGACAGCUGCAAUCAGCUGGCUUCUCAUACCAACGGACUAGGCCAGACGGAACGUUAUACUUAUGAUGCAAAUGGAAACAUGUCCAGCCUCACUCGCUACGACGGCACGAUCGUCUCAUACAACCACGACAGUUUAGGGCGGGUAGUGCAUGUCAGAUAUGGUGCUGAGGACAUCGAACAAAGAUACCUUGCAAAUGGCCGUCUGUCAGAGGUAAGUACGGGUGCGGGCACCGUUCGACACAUCUACAAUCUUGAUGGAUCUGCUUCCGCCGUGACUUAUGCGGAUGGGUCAAGUCAGACCUAUAGUCUCAGCCAGUGCGGACAGGUAGCACAAAGCAAAGACGCCAUCGGGACAAAGCAGGAUGUCAUUUACGACACCUAUGGCCAUGUCCUCACACGGACUCUUGGCAUCGAUAUCGUGAGUUACGAAUAUGGCUCGGCGAACCACACUCAAGGUCAACUCGUUAGUCUCGACAUCUCUGGCGGCCAGCAGCAUCUGAGACGAGUUCUUUCGUAUAACGGCUUCGGCAGAGUCAAUCGCGUAACAGUCACCUCCAAUCAAUCAGAAGAUGUCUUACUGGAUUCUAUAUAUCUUUACAAUUCUCAGGGAAAGCUCUACAAGGUCGAACAAUCUUCUCAAACUUGGCCGGAAAAGCCUGAAUUAAACUACCAACGCACGUUUUUGUACGAUGGACUCAGUCAACUUCGACAAGACUCCAUUGUAUACUCCAAUACAAACGUUACUACGCUUACGGAGUUUGUAUACGACGGCAACUCGAAUCUUAUUACAACCAUUUUGAACGGAGCGGUUGAGAACAUGUCGUACAAUGCUAUCGACCAAAGGAAUGAUCCAGGAUUCACGUACGACGCAAAUGGCAGACUCACUGCUGAUGACAAAGGUCGGAAAUAUACUUACGGAGAGCAAGAUCAACUGCUCAGUGUCGAUGUUGGCGAGGCGAAUACAAACUUCUCGUAUCAUCCUAAUGGCGCACUUUCUCUUCACCACUCGGGCGUUGAUCAAACGAACAUUUGGUACGACACCGGAGCAGCCAAUGCUACAAGAUCGGCGGCGCGAGUGGAAAAUGCCAAAUCAUACCUUUUAGAUCCCGGCCACCGCUUAAUCUCAGUGAAAAAAACGAAUCAGGACACCGCGUACUACGUGGAUUCCCAAGGGUCUAUCGUCGUUGAGACCGGCGUGGGGGGAUCUAAUUCCACGAUCUACGGUGUCUAUGGCCAAGAACAAUCAUCAGCCACGACUGAAGCUUACAACUUUGGCUACAGACAAGAAUUCACCGAUAAAGCAAGUGGCUUGGUCUACUUGCGGUCUCGCUACUAUCAACCGGACUAUGCAGCGUUCAUCACUAUGGACAGUGUCCAUAAAGAGAAUCGAUAUGCGUUCUGCCUCGGCGACCCAAUCAACCUUUAUGACGGAACUGGCCACAUCGAGUGGAUUCCUUUGAUUGUAGAUAUUGCUGUCACGGUCGUGGUCGCGACAGCUUGCGCACCAGCUGCUGGCGCUGUCGGAGCGGCGCUCUUCGGUGCAGACACUAUUGGUGCCAGCAUCACAGCCUCUGUCCUUUCCAAGGCGACGGGGUACGUUACGGGAGGUUACGUCGGACGCAAGAUGCAACACGAGCAUUACAGUGGCCAGAAAUUCGCCAUCGAUGCCUUCUCAGGCGCGCUGGCCGGUGUGGUUGCCGCCAGCUCGGCGGCCGGUCUCCUAGACGGUGCCAGAAACAGAGCAGUGGAGAGAGGUCUAUCAGCAGUAGAUGCCGCAGCAUUUGCAGAGAAGUCUUCUUCGUUCGCGGGGAAAGUUCUUGGCGUAACUGCUGGUAUGACCUCUUUGUCCACGUUAAACCACGCCGCCGAGUCAGGCACUGCUCUGACUUCAGUGACAGGAUCGAGGUCGGCCAGUACGAGGGGCUUGCAGUAUACUGGGGCGUACGAUGGCAUUUUUGCCAACAUCACACCCGGGGUAUCCUUAGAGCCACGAAGCUUUGGUGGACCAACAGACAGCGACCGAGCACGAGGUCUCGAUCUCGAUCUGGACUGGAGGAUGCUUAAUCUCGUCGGUCCUCAAGAUGAGUACGACCUCAGCGCAUCCAAAGACUAUAAGGACCAAAAACGGACCGGGCAGCUCCAUGUCAACCUCAACCAAGCUACAAACGCUGACACUGCUUCAUCUAGCAGUGUGGGAAAUAGUCUGCAUAUCGAAACCAGGUAUCUGCAGAACGGAGAGAUUGUUACCAAUGUCCGACCGUUAAAGUGCAGACUCUUUGCACAGCAACAAUACCUCCAAAGCUCUGGCUUUGGGAGGUCAGACCCGAGGGUAAAUGCUUGCUUCGGGGGUUUGUCAAAUGGUCAAGACAUUGCUAAUGCUCUUGGCAAGCGGGUAUGGGCAACCUAUGCAACUCGUUAA